AUGGCGUUCAUAACCCUUAUGUUCGCAGGACACAUUAGUCCGGCUCAUCUAGCUGGAGUGGGACUCACUAACACCCUUUUUAACCUGAUCGUCGUCCCAGUGUCCGCUGGAUACGCCUCCGUCUUCGACACUUAUGGUCCUCAAGUCUACGGUUUUAAGGGUGAGCUUGGGACGGUCUUCUUGAAAUGUCUUCUCCAGGGCUGGCUCUUGCUGUUUUUAGUUCUAGGACCGUACCUGAAUAUUGUUUACAUCAUAGACCUUCUGCCGUACUCCGGAUUGAAUUCUUCAAUCACAGUGGUUAACGAGAUGGCCAUUUUGGGCCAGGGCGACUUCCGGGAUAUCGCGGUGAAUUAUCUUAGGAUCACUUUCAUCGUAGAGUUUCUGGACUACACCUUUACCAUGAUCUCCAAGUAUUUCGCUAUUCAGGAGCAGACCAAGUUUGUCUAUCUUGUUUCCAUUGUGAUGAUCGUAUCACAUUGUCUUGCUAACUAUGUUUUGGUUGUCGUGCUGAAGCUUGGGUUGAAUGGACUUGGUGUAGCAGCUAUAGUCAGUAGAAUACUGCCCCUGACUGUGUCCUUGACGAUCUGCUGUGUCAUGAUAAAACAAGACCAGUUUGCUUGGAAUGGGUUCAGCGCCCGCGCACUUUUAGGCUGGAAGCCCAUGAUGAAGCUUGGUAUAUCAGGUGCUCUGAAUGUGUUUGCUGAAAUGGUUUUAUUCGAGAUCUCAACAUUCUGCAGCCAGUUUGACGGAGCAGUGGCUUUCUCCGUGGUAAUUAUCGCACACCAGCUGGUAUCCAUCUGGUGGUCAAUAGCUCUGGGGAUGUCGGAAGCCGCUGCCACACUCAUCGGAACAGCUCUGGGUGAGGGAGAUGCUGAGAAAACAAAGCUGUGCAUGAAGUUGACAGUGGUGAACUCUGUGUUAGUGUCGAGUGUACUUGCUGUGGUAUCGUAUUGUUUAAUGAGCUACGAGAUAACGUUAUUCUCGUCUGAUAACGAUGUGAAGAGUGUGUUCAUGACCACUUUCUGGAUAAUCUGCCUCGGUAUUCCUGUUGAUCAUAUCCAGACGUCUCUCAACCAGGGAAUACUUGUCUCGUUUGGGGCACAGAAUUUCACCUGUUUUACAAUGAGUAUUGCCUGCUACGGUAUAGGUCUGCCAAUUGUUUUAGGCACUAUAUUCUUUACUGACAUGAAAGUUGCCGGAGUCUUCAUCGGAUUGGUCGCAGCAGCUUUGGUAAUGCUGGUAUGUGCUGUUCUGAAGAUACGCACAGUGAAUAUUGAGAAUGAGAUAGAGAAAUCUAGAAAGAGAGUGGGUGUUGAUCCUGAAGAUGAAGAUCCUCUCCUCGGGGAAGAUUUUCUCCUUGAUCGAAGAGAGGUUGAAAAUAAAAAGGAAAUGACUCGUGUUAUUUUAGCAUUUGUGUACGGUGGUUUAGCUUUUUUUUCACUUGGUGCUUUGUCCAUGAUUAGACAUUCUAAAUAA